AUGAGCGCAACGUUGGAUAACCUUGAAGAGGUUGGCCACUGGCUUAAAGCAAAGGUGAUUGCUACUCAGUUCCGACCAGUCGAGCUCCACGAACGGAUCUGCUGCAGUGGUCGGAUUAGCGAUAUGAAUUCCGACGUCGUUAUCCGAGAAGUUCCGAAGAGAUUUCGAAUUCCUGGCGACCCUGAAUUUGUUUUAGGUUUAGCAGCCGAAGGAAUUUUCUUUCGAAAGCUUGUUCUCGUAUUCAGUUCAUCAAAAGCGGACGUUGAAAAGGUGGCUCUGGAUUUGGCAAAAAUCUUGGAUGAAAUCUAUCGCUCGAAUCAGGUGAUUGCUGCUCGUCUAGAUCGAGUUGCCCUUUAUCGAAUCAGAGUCAGUCUGGAGCAAUGUGCUGGUGCUGUUGAUGCCGUUCUAGCGCAGACCCUUCCGAGAGGAGUUGCUUUUCAUCACGCAGGUCUCUCCUUUUCAUCAAUACUUAAACCAGUUACUUAUCAUGUCGCAUAA